AUGCCACGGUGUGCAAUCUCACAAGGCAGCUUCUAUCGCCCUGGCCCUCUCUCAGAAGCGUUUGCUGAAGCAGUUGCAGAUGGGGUCCCCGCCUCUUCCGUUGACAGUAUGGCGCGCAAUGCUGCCAUCGAAGCUGAGCAACAUGGCCUCAAGACCCCAAGAUUGAACCGUGGGGAAUGGAGCAAAAAAAAUGCAUCGAGAAGUGCUCAACGGAUGAUUGCCCGGCUUGGAUACAAGUGGCACAUUCCCAUAUCAGUGAUGGAGUACCACUUUGGCAGCCAACAGUUGCACUUGCCCUACCUGUCGCCUAUUGAGGUCUGCAAGUUUUUGAUGACGAAGCAUCCUGAGUGUUUUUGCGGUGGUUUCCAGUUGGAUUCCGAGAUCCAGUGCCUCCUAGCUACAUUUUGGAAGAACUACAGGGCAGUUCACGCAGGACAUGCUGUAUUUCAUAGACCGGACGAGUCUGCCAGCUUGGAGCUUACCAUCCCCUUGGCCCUGUAUGGGGACGAGGGGCGGGGGCGUCGGCGAGGAAACACAGCCCUGGUCACACUUGAUGCAACUUUUGGUAUCAAUACAGCAAAGCACUGGCAGGAAGGGAGGCUGUCAACGAGCCAUGAAUGCUGCAACUCUGACACGCUGAAGUUAGACGAUUUCAUCCUCCCAACCAUGAAGGAGCACUCCUUUUUGAGCAGGGUUCCACUGUUUCUUUUGCCGUGCUCGCUCUACAAACAGCACCCCGAUCUCAUCGAGUUCAUGCUGGGGAAGAUUGCAAAAGAAUUGAAACAACUGUUUUGGGAAGGUCUGACCAUCCGCGGCAAGGUUUACACUUUUGCGAUCUUGGGGAUGAAAGGCGAUGCUAAAUGGCUGGCAGAGGUUGGCAACCUCACUCGCUUCUAUGGGAAGAAGGGCAAUAGACGUUUGUUGGGGGUUUGUCCAGGGUGCCAUGCUGGGAUGGCUGGCGCUCCCUACGAAGAUGUUACCAACAAUGCUAGAUGGAUUUCCACCCUAUGGAGAUCGAGACCCUGGGACUUUGAGCCCUCGCUGGAAGAAAUACCCUUCGACGCACGUGAGCCAGAGCGCAUGUUAAGAAGAGACCUGAUGCACGUUACAAAGCUCGGUGUGUACAGACACCACCUAGGAUCAAUCCUCAAAGUGUUGGUGCGGUGGAAGAUCUACCAACAAGGUCAGCCAAAUGAUGUGCCAACUUUGUUGUCCAGGCUCCAUGGACACUUCCGACUUUGGUGUGCUACCUUCAGCAAGAGCCCCGCAGUGAGAAGCUUUACACCACAGUUGCUAAAUUGGAAGAGGUGGUCAGACUAUGCUUGGCUCAACACCAAAGCUAGUGAUUGCAUCUUGAUCAACCAAUGGAUGCAAGAUUUCUUGCCGACACUGCGGGCCGAGAUCAAUCCUGAGCACCGUGUUUUCUUGGAUGUCAUGUUGCAGGUGUGCCAAAGCAUUUCCCGCUUUACGCAAUUGGUCUUUGUGCAUGGGUUGCUCUGGCGGCGGUCAUGUUGUGAAGCAGCAUUGAAUGAGGGAACGCGGAUCCUCAAUGGCUACACUUGGUUGGCCAAGGCGGUCAUGCCGCUGAAUGCCAACGGCUGGGCCGUAAUGACUGCAGCAGCACCGGAGACGGAGGAGGUGAUGCCACGGUCUUCAAGGCCGAAUGCGCUCAGUAUGGAGGCCGUGACGGAAGUUCCGUCGCCCGAGUUUGGGGGCACCAAGACAGACAACUGGAUGAACCACAGCUGUGACGAGCGCUUGGAGAACUGUAGAGCGCCAUGGAACACCGGCGAUGUGCCAGCGCGAUCGCCCCCCCGGAAACCCCUGGUCACCCGCGAUCGGCUUGGGAGUGACGAACGCUUGGCUUCGUUGGUUGGCAUGGGCGAACGGACGGCUCGGGUGGCGCGGCUUCCAAUGAUCGACUUGAAUCGACUUGAAGUGUCCAAGAGUUCGCGCCUUGAGAUCCAAUUGAGCCAUGCUUUUGUGGGGCUCCUUUGGAUUGCACAGCAUGCUCAAGCGCAGGAAGCACAUCGGAUUUCCUCGAUCAAAACGGGGAACCCGAACCCCAUGGGUGGCGGAGCUCCGCCAUUGGGCGGCACCACGGAGGUGCUGCGCUUUGACGCCGAUCCUGGCUUGCAGACAGGGCAAAUCCGCACCAAGGAAGAGCAGGCCUUCAAGAAGUACCUGAAGCUUUUGUUUGUUUUUGUACCAAUCCUUGGUCUUUCAUUGGCUAUUGCCACCUAUGUGACUGCCAAGUAUGUGGGCGGCGAGACCAUCAUGCAGGUCAAGUUCCACUUCCUCCGCCAGUACCAGCUGGGCUAUGUCUUCCUAGCUGCCUGGCUCAUCGGUCUGGCCCGUGCUGCUGUGGCUCUUUUGGCCAACUCCGCACGCGCGGCAGCGAGACUGGAUCGCCCGGACCAGCAUGUCUACAAAAUCAUGGAUGCUUCAGGAUCUCUGAAGAGUGCGCCUUAUGUGCUCAUGGCCACCACCGGGGCCGUGGGACGCUUCAAUCGGACGCAGCGAGCGGCCUACAACAUGGACGAAUCUUUGCCCUGCUUUCUGGUGAACACUCUUCUGGCGAGCAGUGUCUUUGGACCCGUGACUCUCUUGCCCUUGCUCCUCUACUGCUAUGGACGCUUGAGCUUCACAGUGAAGUACAAGAAGUCCCUGAAAGAACGUGGAGCAGGCUUUUUGCCUUCCAUGAUCGGAGAGAAAUGGAUUGAAGGCUUGGUCCUUCUAUCGGCCAUCAAGAGUCUCACAGGUCUAUGA